UGUGGCCAGGCAUCAGUGUAGGCUUGCAAUAGCUUUGGUGAAGAUCUUAUAAACCAAUUACUCCCCAUCCUUAAAACAAAAAAACAAAACUCAAACAUGUCUCUGGAACGUGCUGUUCGUGCCAAGAUUGCCGGCAAACGCAAUCCCCAGAUGGACAAAGAGGCCCAGGAAUGGAUCGAGGCAAUUCUGGGUGAGAAAUUCCCCGCUGGUCAGGCAUACGAGGAUGUGCUGAAGGACGGUCAAGUGCUGUGCAAUCUGAUCAACAAAUUGCAGCCCAAUUCUGUCCCCAAGAUCAACUCCUCCGGCGGACAGUUCAAGUUCAUGGAAAACAUAAACAACUUCCAGAAGGCGCUGAAGGACUACGGUGUGGCCGAUAUUGAUGUCUUCCAGACUGUCGAUCUGUAUGAGAAGAAGGAUAUUGCCACCGUGACCAAUACCAUCUUCGCUCUGGGCCGUGCCUGCUACAAGCACGCUGACUUCAAGGGUCCCUUCCUGGGCCCCAAGCCCGCCGAUGAGUGCAAGCGCGAUUUCACCGAGGAGCAGCUGAAGGCUGGCCAGACCAUCGUUGGCCUCCAGGCUGGCUCCAACAAGGGCGCCACCCAGGCUGGUCAGAAUAUCGGCGCUGGCCGCAAGAUUCUGCUCGGCAAGUAAAUCCAUAGGAUUUGUCCGCGACUUUCUAUCUAUGUCUUUCUACUAUGAUUUCUUUGUUAUAAUUUCUACAACUAUGUUUAAUUGUUAAGUUUACAACAAAAUCAAAACAUAUUAAACCACCCAAAAAAUAUUCCUUACACAAAAACACACA